UCCACUCUACUUAGCUGCUGCUGCUGGCGGUGACACGUCGUUGGGUACCCCGAGAGAGAGAGAGAGACAGAGAGAGAGAGUAGAACCGAAGAGAAAGGCUGAAUAAGGAGGAGGGAAUGGCGGACCCACAAGCGACGACGGAGGGGCAGCAGAUGAAUGGGGAUAGGGCCCUCGCCUUGGCCGAGACCGUCGGGGCCAAGAGGCAGCGGAGGCCCAGCGUCCGAUUGGGCGACCUCGGCGGCGACCUCACCUUCGACUCCCACGUCCGAAGGAAGCAUCACUCCUCCUCCUCCUCCGCCGCCGCCGCCGCCGCCGCCUCCGCCUCCGCCUCAGGUAACCUCAAUAGAUCCUCCAAGACUCGUCCUUUGUUCAAUUUGAGCUCCGACCACCACCAAUCCCUCGACGAUAACGACAAAUUCGACAACUUGGAUUCCGUCGCCAUUGGGAGCUGGAAAGUCAAGGACUCCAAGAAGCGCGCCCCCAAUGCCACCAAGAGGAUUCGCUCCAAUUGGGUUCCCAAGGUCACCGACGAGGGCGGCGGCGAAGUCGAGUUGGAGAAGUAUAGUGGUGGCGAAGAUUUCGAUGAUGGGUACAAUGAUUUUGAUAUCGAGAAUUUGGAGAGUCCCGUCAAGGAGCAGAGCCCGGUGAACUCUUUGGAGAAUUUGGGUGUGGAUAGCCAUGGAAAUGACAGGGAUUUGCUGUAUAGGAGACCCGUUAGGGGUAGGAGUAGGGACCACCAUGACGCGGUCGAGUUGUCGGGGCCCUCGGAUACGGAUUUGAGGGAUAGGGAUGGGAGGUGCGGAGAGGAUGGGGUGAAGAUUUGGCUUAAUGGGUUAGGACUAGGGAGGUAUGCACCCGUUUUCGAGGUUCAUGAGGUGGACGAUGAGGUUUUGCCUAUGUUGACAUUGGAGGAUUUGAAAGAUAUGGGGAUCAAUGCAGUCGGUUCCAGAAGGAAAAUGUACUGUGCCAUUCAGAAGCUAAGCAAGGGAUUUUCGUAAUGCCUUUUCUGUUGGUUUUGAGAAAUCCUCAGACAUGUUUUCUUGUAUGUACUUCCUUGACUGCGAUACUGAAGUAGGCUGGAAACUACUGUUGAAGUUGGUGAGAGAAAUUUUUGCUCUUCUUCCAACUAUGAAGUAGGAAGAAAAAGAACAAAUUUAUGCACAAAUUCUUUUUAAGGCUGGCAUAUAUUGAAUUUGACUGUGGUGCUUGUACUAGCUGAUGCUCAGAGAAUAUUUUAUUUCAUUCGGUCA